AUGAAGCGGCCACAGCCGGUCUAAUACAAUGGCGGAAGAUACAAUCACGAACAACUGCUCCAAGGAAGGCGGAGCUACCGAAACUGAAAAUAACAACAAUUGUGUUAACGGCACCGGUAACGGUACCAAUAAAAUCAAUAUAGAGAAAGCGAAUGUGAAGGAUCCGGAAAUUUUCAGUUGCUUGCUUCAACCGGCCACUUCCGAUUCCGAUCUCGAUUACGUCGGUAUUCGCCGAUUUCUUCUCGCUCGCAAAGCCGAGUCCGGUUUUCAUUGCCGACUUGAUUGGAGAUGUAAUGGAAAAGGUUAUGUGGCUUAUCGAAAUUACAUUCGUAGGCCAAGAAACUGGGAAAAUUUGCAAAUACCAAGCCACUCGAGCACUCCUGGAAACAGUGGGCGAUGGAUUUCAACUCCAAGUCCACUCUCGCAUUUGUUCGAGUUGGAAAGCUGGAACUCUAGCAAGGAUUUACGAAGUGGCACACUGGCUUCAAAUCAUAGAACAAGUUUCAGCUCUAGCAUGAGUGAUAGUGAUCGCCCACGACGUCAAGGAGAUGAACCUGCAUAUUCUUUUGUAGGAAUGCACUGCAUCUUUGAUCAGUGCAAAGCAGCUGUAACUGUUUUGAAGUUUGGGCACAUGAGUUCUGAUCUACUUGCAUAUGGGGCAUCAGAUGGGACUUUAACAGUUUGCACUGUCACUGAGCCACCUUCAGUUAUCAAGCAAUUAAAAGGGCAUUCAAAAGAUGUCACAGAUUUUGACUUCUCAUCAAACAAUCAAUAUAUUGCAUCAUCGUCAAUGGAUAAAACUGUGCGAGUAUGGGAGUUAUUGAAAGGCCUUUGCAUUCGAGUAAUAUAUGGAGUCUCUUCACAAAUGUGUAUUCGCUUUCAUCCUGUAAAUAACAACUUUCUUUCAGUUGGCAACGCAAAUAAAGAGAUCACUGUCUUCAAUUUCAGCACUGGGAGGAUUAUUACUAAAUCAGUCUUUGAUGGUGCGGUUACCUCAAUGGACCAUGACCAUGCUGGUCAGCUCAUUUUCUGUGGAGAUGCACAGGGAUGCAUUUACUCCAUAAGUAUGGACUCCCACACAGGUGCAUUGUCCCGUUCUCACCGACAUAGAAGUAGCAACAAGCAGAAAUGUCCGGUUACAACUGUGCAGUACCGAAGUUUCUCUUUGCUUGCCGGGGGCCCUGUGUUGCUGACAUGUACUCAAGAUGGAAGUCUUUCUUUCUUUAGUGUUGCUUUGGAAGUACAAGGUUAUCUGACCCUGCGGUGCUCGCUCAAGUUAAGUCCACGAAUACACAGCAUUCGAGCAUCCUUCUGCCCUUUGCUAUCCCUUGAUAAGGGAGAAUAUAUAGUUGCCGGGAGUGAGGAUUCAAAUGUCUACUUUUAUGACUUAACUCGGCCGAGGCAUACAUGUGUAAAUAAGCUGCAGGGUCAUCGAUUUCCAGUUAUAGGAGUAGCUUGGAACCACGGAGAGAACUUGUUGGCUUCAUCAGACCUUUAUGGCGUUGUUAUAGUAUGGAAAAGAGCAAAAACAAGCUAAAGCAAACACAAUUAUACAGGGAUAAAAGAUUAAAAAAAUGCUUUGAAACAUAUACCUGCAUGGGCUGAAGAAGGAAAUCAGCUUUUUGUUCAAGUGGUGAACCCUUCGAAGCAUGCCGAGUGAUAGUAUUUCAUUCUUCGUUGUCUGCGGUUGAUAAGGAAACCAUGUGAUCAUUGUUUCAGUCUCAAAUUUUGUAUUCAUGAUUUUUUUUUUUAUUUCAUUUUCUUUAAAGGCUCAAUUGCAACUGCACCUGCAAAAUGAUAUUUGGGUAAGCCUGCCGGAAGAAAAAGGAGAUAGAUUAGUUGCUAAGUUGUGUUAACUCAGCCAUUGCACCAAAAUUGUAGAAUACAUUUGUUAUGAAUUAAUUCCCUUGUCUGUGAUUGAUUUUAAUGUGGGCAAAUAGUUUUUCCAU